AUGGAGGAAACGAAGCGCUCGCGGCGCACGGGUGCUACCAGGACGACGGUCCGGCAGUGCCCGUCCUUCUCCAUGCUCCCCGAUGACCUCAUCAUCAUCAUCUACCGAUUGCUGGCCGAGUCGCCGAGCAGCCGCGCGCGCUUUGCCACCAUCUGCAGCUCGUGGUGCGCCGCCAUCGCCGCGGAGCCACGGGUGCCCGCUCUGCCGUGGCUGCUGCUCUCGCCACGCGGCGCCGAGGACAGGACGUUGCGUGCGCACUGCCCCGAGGAUGGCGCCGCGAUGCGCCUCCAGCCCUGGCGCGGGGCUGUUGGGAGGGGCCUCGUCGGCGGUUACGACGGAGGCUGGGUGGUCACGUCCCAGCCGCUGCUCAGGAUAGUCAACCUCUUCACAGGCGAUGAGGUGCCGCUGUCUGAGAAACAGAGGACGAUGGACUGCCCGAUCGUCAACCAUGGGUUUGGUGAUGCCCGUGGACCAGUCGUGUCGAAAAUCGUGCUCUCCCAGCCGCCCACCUCAGACGGUUGUAUCAUGGCCGCCAUGACCGAGAAUCACGGAAUCAUGCUCUCUAGAGUUGGUUGUCCAGGUGAAGGGUGGACGAUACAUGAUGCUUGUCAUUGUUUCAGAUUCAAGGACAUUGCCUUUUGCAACAGUGACCUCUAUGGAGUCGUGCAUUGUCCCAGUUACCUCCUGAAGUAUAAGAUCGGCAUGAACAAGGGUGGCGCUGCGGUAUUCAUCGCCCAUACCUGGAUAGAUAUGCGAAUGCUCGAUAAUUCAACAUCCGCGAGCCCUUACAUGGAGAAUGCAUCUUACGUCGUUAAUCUAAAUGGAUAUCCUACAGUGGUCGUGAUUAAUCGGUGGUGGGGUUACCCUAAUCCUUUCUUUAGGAUGUUCAAGCUCAUCAACACUAACACUUGGUCGCAAGUGACGAUGUUGGGAGACCAUGCCUUAUUCUUGGGACCAACAUUUUCCAAGGCGGUGAAUGUGCCAACCGGCAGUCAUGGCAACAUAGAGAGAAACCAUGUAUACUACUCCAACGGUCUAAGUAGAAGCUCUGAAGCCCACGGUGAUGAGGUAUUCUUGACGAUCUCAAACAAUGAUGUUGACCUGAAGUAUAACAUCAACCACAGGAAGAUCAUUGCCAGCAAUUAUAAGAUCAAAUCCGUAGGUUACUUUGUUAAGGAUGAUAGUCAUGAUAGCAUGUGGCUUCUUCCUCCUGAUAUUUAG